UUCAUCAGUUUCUAUCAAAAACUCUUCGAUUAAACAUGCAUCUGUCUAUCUGUAUUAUUAUUGGAGUUUACUAUAUUAAAUUCCCUUUUUGACUAUCUUUUUACUAUAAUAAGUUUAUUGUAACUGUAAUGCCUCCUUCCUUACAUAGUACCACAGCAUUAAAUUCUCAAUCAAUAAACAUUUACUACUAGUUUCUUUCUUUCUAUUAAACCCCAAUUAUACUCUUUCAUCAUUCAUCAUCACAUAACCAACACAAAAGUGGCUCAAAGUGCAAUUCCUAGUCCCACUUUCCCUCUUCUUUGAUCCAUUUGUGCUUCUCUCAAUUGCCAAAAUAAGUCCAGUCCCAUAGAAAAUGGAAGUUCAAGCAUCAGAACAAAUAUCCAAUAAUAACCAAACUACACAAGAUGAUCAAGAAAAUGAUGAUCUUUUUCUCGAUCUAAGCCUCGAUCACGGGCCUAAAUCCAAUAUUAUUCCAACAAGUUCAUCCGAUGCAUCGCGAGCUGCAAGUAACAACAACAACAAUAAUAACAAUGAAUCCGAGCCUCGGAUUUUUUCUUGCAACUAUUGCCAGAGGAAAUUUUACAGUUCACAGGCUCUAGGAGGGCAUCAAAACGCGCAUAAACGCGAGCGAACAAUCGCAAAAAGAGGCCAAAAAAUUAGCUCAUCAGCAGCUUUUGGCUACGACAAGUAUUCGAGCAUGGCUUCUUUACCACUGCAUGGAUCAUUCAAUAGGUCUCUAGGGAUCCAAGUUCACUCAAUGAUCCACAAGCCAACUAUCAGCACUACUUUCGGAGCACCCACCUUGUAUGGUCAUCCUGGAUGGUCAAUUAGAAGGCCCAUUGAUCAGCAGCCGGCCGUAGGCCGGCUCGGGACAGAAAGCAACAACUGCCACGUAGCAGGAACAUCUUCAGGUGGUGGUGCUGCUAGAUUUGAUAACAUUAUCCAAAAAUUUCCUGUCGUGCAGGUUGAUGGUAUUUCACCAUACAGAUGGGACAGUGGUGGUGGUCCUCCUCAUAUUACAAAGAGUAGUAACAAUCAAGAUGAAUUGAAGAAGCUUGACUUGUCUCUUAGACUCUAAAUUAUUACUCUAGUAUUUUUACUAGAAUUAAGUUGUAUUUUUUUUUUUUCGUUUUAUAUUUUAUUUUCAAAUGUCGUACUUAUAUUAGGUCCAUUACUGUAAAUGUUCGUAUGCCGUCCUGCAGACGACUAAUUAAGUUAAUUCUUAUCGAUGUGAUUUCCGACAAUUUAGUAUAAAGAUCAUGCUUAAAUCUUGCCUUCAA